AUGUCUACAACUAUCAAUGGAACAUCACUAUGGGAUUCCAUGGGCUUGUCAACGGACGCUACCACAUGGUACUCUUCUUUGGCAAUCUUCAUCCAAGGGAUUGUCUUGGUGAGUAUCAUAAGUAAGACAAUGCAGUAUUUCGAGCGAUACGAUAAAUCGAGAGAUCACUUGGGGAUGAUGGUCGUUGUGGGGUGUGGAAGUGCGAUAUCUCUAGGUAUAUUGAUAUUGACCUGUAGUCAGACCCGUGUGUUGGUAUACAAACGUAAAAUUGACGCACCGUCUUCUAUCCGAUAUCUACUUUUGAGCGAUAUGGUCAUACUUUUCUUCAGUGGGUUCUUCAGCUUCACCACGGGCAUAUACUACGCUUGGAGGUGUUAUGUAAUGACCAAGAAGAACCGAUUAAUGCUCGGUGUUCUUAUUGUAGCUUUACUAGCGGAAUUCAUCGUGACUCUAGUUACGGCUGCACAUGGGUUCACUCUGCGUUCCCUCACGUCCGAAUAUCUCGCAACAUUACCUGCAUUUAAAGAUAAGGGAAAUCAUCUCCAUAAGAUAUGGUCAGGUAUUACUUUAGCUUUGGGCCUAUCCAUGUCUAUGCUUCUAUCGUUCUUAAUGUUUACGAAGAAAGAUGGGAUCUAUCAUUAUGAUCCCAGAACAUGGCAUAAGUACUUUUCUGUCACCUACGAGACUAUGUUACCACCUACGUUAUGCUCGUUGUUGUUAGUCUCACUAGGUAAUUUACCAGGAUCACCAAUGACCGAUAUGAGAAGAGUAUUCACCUCGAUCCUUCCUUUACUAUACUACAACUCCUUCAUCCAAUCGCUGGUGGGCAGACAACAGAUCCGAUGUGUGAUAGAGACCAAAUCCAUGUAUGAUAGUGGGUCACCACUUGGGAGUAACGUUAAUGGAGAUAAGGGUUCCUCAUAUCAGCCUGGAAGUGGACAGUUCAUGUUUGAUGUGAUUAAGAAUAAGAGUGGUCCGAGGGUGUAUGUCAGUUCACCUAAGAGGUCGUAG